AUGUCACAAUUUUCGGGUAACAAUAGUGAUAUCCAGGAUUGGGACGAAAGACCCCUCUCCCCCGUCAACAUUACGUUAGGAACUAACUCAUCUGCAGACUUGAAGUCCCAGUUGUCCCAGCUACAACAGAAACUUAACCUGAACUCGAUCAGGCCCGUCAGACCGUCACCCAACACAGAGCCAGAAAUACACCUCCCUCCAUUGGCCACCCUCUCCAGUUCGCAGUCGAACUCGCUGGGAAACUCGACUAGAACCCCAGACAAGUCGGUCGACUUUUUGGGUGAUUUGAGUGAUGGACUUUUGAUGGAAUCCAGGAAAUUGAGCUACGAAAACAAACAAUUCAAGAAACAAGUUUCGAAAUUAUCUGCCGAGAACGAAUCUAUGAAGAAGCAAAUCUCCAAUCUAAAUUUGUUGAACAAGCAGCUAAGCGAGAAGGAAGAACAGUCGAAUGAUAAAAUAUGGAACUUGGAGUCCGAGCUAGGCAACUUCAAGAAAUCGUUGGACAAAACCAAGUCGGAUCUCGCCAAGGUAAAAUCGGACAAUACCGCUUCAAUUUCUUUGAUCGAGCAACUAAAAAACUCAAUCGAAAACUUGACCAACGAGAGGCAGUCUCUUCUUGAGACUUCUAGCUUAACAAUCUCAAAGCUAAACUCUGAGCUUUCCGAACUCAAAGAAUCUAACGAAAACCUUAAUGAUGAAAAUGAUAUCCUACACAAAAACAUCUUAGAUCUGAAGAGCGAAAUAAACGUCAUGAAAUCCGAAAUUGCAGGAUCAAACACACAAUCAGAAAGACUUGCAGAGUCCUCAUUCAGUGAAUUCGACGAUUCCAUCGUUCAGGACCCACUGCCUGCUGUCUUGACUGAAGAUUUGUCGAAAUUGGAUACCGAUACGCUACAAAAAAAUUUGAAACUAUCUUAUCGCCAGUUGUUGAAACUAAAGUCUCAAAACACGAGGUUUAAAUCAGAAUUGCUGAAGUUGAAACACGGAUCUCCUUCUCCAAAUAAAGUACAACUAUUGCCAAAAAGUUUGAACGAUGAAAAUGAUGUCGAGAACUCGUGGGGAUAUUUUGAAGAUGAUUCAUUUGCCAAGCAACCAAAAAAAUCCAAUAUCGUCUCUUCCCUGAUUCGUUCAAUAAAUGAAGAUGACGAAAACGAAGAAGACGGAGAUGAUGAUACCAACUCUUUCCUUGCAGACGUUUCACAGCUGGAUGGAAGUAGCCCGGUAAGUACCCGGAAAUCGUCCGUGUCCAAACCUAAAGAAUCUUAUAUUUUGAUCGUGCCAAAGACAACUCUUGACUUGAACAAUAAUGCCAUAAACCUGAAAAAGAUUGAUUUGAGCGAAUUCCAGACAAUUCAAGUCCCAGACCCAAUUGCCACCGAAUUGCUCGCAAGCUCUUCGAAUAAAGAAAUCAGUAAAAGCCAAUUUUACAAUGACGAGAUGCUUCAACUAGUUUCGUCGCAUGAGCUCAGCUCUUUGAAAUCAUCAAUUGAAGAGCCUUCUAUUGAUUAUGUCAAGUCAAAAGCUUUGUAUCACGAUCAUGUCUCAAUCCCAGUUAAGGAACACGAAAAUCUUUUAUCCAGUACUAAACAGUCAGCUGAAAGAAUAUUCGAACUGGAAAAUUUGUGCAGAAACCAAAACAAUUCCUUAUCCAGCAUAAAAAAACAGUUGGAGCAAACAUCUACUGAAUUAACUAGUAAAUUUGGUGCUUUUAAUUCCUUGAAGUCAGAGCAUGAAAACCCAUCGCUUGAAUAUAUCAACUCCAAACUACCUUUGCACAAUUUAGUUUCCAUGGAUUCUCAGAGUCAUGUAGAAAUAAAACAAAGAUUAGAGAUUUUGCAAGAUAAGAUCAAGCAGUCUAGUGAGAAUCUGGAUUCCUUACGAGAAAUUAUUGAGCAUUUGAAAAAUGAUAAAAGUAACCUUGAGGCACAAUUGCGCUCUCCAGAUAUACAGUAUAUGAAAGACAAAUCAACAGUCAUGCAUUAUGUUUUUAUACCCGAGUCUGAGCACAUUGCGUUGAAGUCAGAUAUGACUAUCACCGAGGCGAAGUUGAAGAAAAAGGAAUCUGAGAUUCGUGAUCUUGUUGAUGAAAAGGCUAAAUUUGAAGGAAAAAUAGCAGAUCUCGAGAAGAUCGUGACGGAGUUGAAAAAUAGUUGCUCUGAAUUCGAAUCUAAGGUUUUAAAGCUUGAAGAGUUCCAGGAGUGUCCGAACUCUGAAUAUUUGAGAACCAAGUUGUCCACUCACGGGUUGCUUGCCCUCCCUGUUGAAGAGCAUAUAAAACUGAAAACAGAUAACUCUUUGUACAAUGAAAGGAUAAUCAAGCUAACGGCCGAAAAUGAGGCUGCAAAAGAUGAAAACAGACGCUUAUGGUCAGAUGCUAAUGAAAGAGAGAAUAAAUUAAAAUCGGUAGAAAAUAAGCUUGAUACAGUUUUGAAAGACUUUGAGACCAUAAAGCAAGAAAAGGAACAACCGGGAGUAGAGUACAUUAAAUCCAAAGCUUCUCUUUAUAACUUGGCUGUGAUACCACUUGAAGAACACCAAUCUUUGAAAAAGGAAAUCAGCACCAAAGACGCUAAACUUGCCGAUUAUGCUAAGCUAAGAUUGGAACUUGACUCAAAACAUGAUGAAAUCCAACAACUCAUCAACUCAAAAGAGAAGCUCAAUCAGUUGGUUAAAAAUACCAUUGCGAGUUUGAAGAAAAGAGACUCCGAGCUGACAUCAUUGAAACAGCAAUUAGAAUCCCCAUCCUAUGAUUAUAUCAAAGAAAGAUCUGAGGCCCAUGGUCUUGCUGCUAUAACCAAAGAAGAACAUGAGAAGUUGAAAUCUGAGUUGCUCGAGAGUUCUGAAUUGUUAGCAAAGAAAGAAAGUGAAUAUGCAUCGCUCCAAAAGAUAAAAGAUGAUCUUCAACGUGAGGGAACGAAAAGCGUUUCUUUGGAUCUUCACCAAUCAGUUCAGUCUGAGUUAGAUUACACCAAGCACGACUUGAAUGAAUAUAAGAGACAGGUAAAUAACUUGAAACAAGUAGAAAUCGCUUUGAAGGGGAAAGAAUCUGAAUUGGUAGCAAUGGGCAAAAAAGUAUCAGAACUAGAAACUAAAGCUGCACAAAUAGAUGAACUGAAUUUUGAGUUGCAAAAUUUGAGAAAUGCUGAAGAAGAUUUGAACAAGAAACAGAAUGAGCUCGAAGGAAUUAAGACAGAGCGUGAUGAAAUGCAAGAAAAAAUCACAUCUUUACAGAGUAAAGAAACUCAGCUUUUGGAAACAUUGAAAAACUUUGAAUGUCAAAACUCAGAACUAAAAUCGUUUCACGAAAAACCCGACUUGGAUUAUAUCAAAGAAAAGUCCAAAUUCCUUGGAUUCCUUCCCGUCACACUAGAAGAGCAUACUAUGUUUCAGUCUAAUCUGAAAAAGCUUGAAGAAAGGAAUAAAAAGAACGUUGAGCUUGAGGAUAAUAUCGUUUCCCUUUCAACAAAAAAUAAUGAGUUGACCGAGCUUAAUAAUACCCUGCAGAAAACUGUUCAAGAAUUAACUGAGAUAAAAAAUAAACUUCAAAAUCCAGAUAUUGAUUUCAUCAAGGAAAAAUCAUCCAAUUUAGGUCUGGUCUCAAUUCCAUUGUCAGAUCAUCAUAACUUAAAGACAAAAUCCGAAACACUUGCCUCAAAUAUUGACGCUUUGAGAUCAAAAAUUAGUGUUGUUGAAUCUGAAAAGGCUGAGUUGAAUGAAAAGAUUAAGAGCCUUGAAUUAAUGAAUGCAUCUCCUUCAAUUGAGUAUAUUCAAUCCAAAUCUGCCUCCUUGGGCAUUAUUCCUAUUCCUAUUGCUGAGCACAACUCUUUGAAAUCUGAAUUAGAGAGAAACGACAUUUUAUCGAAAGAACGUGAUUCACAGAUGAAAGAGCUAAACUUGUUGAGAAAGGACAUUACUGAGAGGAAGACCCAAUUGAGGAAUGCAAUUCUCCAACUAAACAAAAUUUCUUCCUCUUUUGAAGCACCAACAAUGGAUUACUUGAAGGAAAAACUUAAACCCUUCAAAUACGUUGCCGUUUCUGAAGCUGAUUUUGAAAGCUUGAAAAAGUCUCACGAAAUUUCAGUUCAACAAAAUGAGAAUCUAGAAAAGAAGUUGGUAGCUGCUAAUGCAGAGCAGACGGAGAAGGAUAAUACCAUUUCUCAGUUAAACAGGAUUUCAUCUUCUUACCAGGCUCCAGCAUUUGAAUAUUUGAAAGAAAAACUCAAAGCUUUGAGUUACGUUGCUGUUCCUGAAGCUGAUCUCGAAACCCUCGAAAAAUCCCAAGAAAUCUCAGUUCAAAAGAUUGAAAUACUUGAGAGAAAAUUAGCAGUUACUGAAACAGAAAUUUUGGAAAAAGAUAACACAAUUUCCAACUUGAACAAAUAUGCUUUAUGCUAUGAAUCUCCAACAGUAGAAUACUUGAAAGAAAAACUUAAAUCUUUCGAGUACAUUGCUCUUCCUGAAAGUGAUCUCAACGGCCUCAAAACGUUGCAGAAUUCGUCAAUUGAACAAAUUGAUAAUUUGAAGAAAAAAUUAGCAGCUACUAAUGCAGACUUAACGGAGAAGGAUAAACAGCUAGAAAAACUUUCUGUACAAUUGAAGGCGAUGAUAAACCGCGAUCAAUCGAAGAAUACCAAUUCUAAGGUUGUAGCAGCGGCUUUACCUACUCGCUCCAGCUCUUUCAACAUCGAAGGUGCUCAAAAGGGUAUUGAAAUGAAUAAAACGUCUUCAGUUGUAACAGUCACAUCCGCCAACGUGAACGAUGCUCUGUCAGAAUCUAUUGAAUCGAUAAUAUCCCGUAUAGAACAAAAUGGCUAUACCGUUUUGACUAUGGAGGAAUAUGAAAACUUGCUGAAAAGAGGAAAUAAUGAUGCAGAUCUUGACAACUUGGCUGAUAUCACACAUGAAAUAGAAGAUAUUGAAUCUGAUCUUGAAUCAAAGAAGCAGGAGUUGGAGACUAAAUCAAGAAGUUCCACCAUCUCGUCAAGUAGUUCAAUCACUUCGGUAUCCGUUGAAAACAUUUUGUCACAAAAGUAUAGCAAGCUAUAUGAUCUAAUUAAUGAUUUAUCCAUUGAGGUUAAAAAUCUUAAACAGGAGAAGGCUAGAAUUGUUAAGCAAAUCAACAGACUUUCUGUAUCAACAAAUACUUUAUCCAAUCAGAAACUAAAUUCUACGUUGUCCAAAAAGAUUUCUAGAAUCAGCGAUAAGAUUGAGAUUAAGGAAAUUGAGAUGAAAUCGCAGCAAAGUGCUAUUGUUGCUGUUAAAGCAUAUUUGGAACAAUCAAGAGGAAUGGAUUUGCCCCCAGUGACUGCAGUUACUGCAGAAGGUGACUCCGACAAAGACAGAUCUGAGCUUGAAAAAGAGAUUGCCUUAUUGCAGUCCAAAUAUGACGAAAAGAAACAAAAAAUGGAAAAACUUGUGAAAGAAAUAAAUAAUACAGAUGAACCAUCACAAUUGGUUGAGAGAUUGUCUCUACUGGGUUAUACUUUCACCUCUCCAUCAGGAAAUACCACUAUGAUAAGAGAAAUUUCAAUUAAUGACAAUGUGAUAUAUCUUCCUGCUAUCAUCCAAAGCGGCAGCUUUGAUCCUUCAUCAGGUAAGCUUUCAGUUGAUAAGUUGGCGCAAGAAAAUGGAUUUGCCUUGAUUUCUGCUGCAGAAGCUAAGCAAAAGCAGAACAUUUUUGACAUCACUGACCUCUCUAUUAAUGAUUUAGGAGCAAGGGCUAAGGAGUUGAAACACACAUUAAUUAGUGACCAGAAACUCAAAUUGAUAGUAGCCAAAAGUAAUGAACCAAAGCUUCCAGAAUCGUUAACUUUGGAAGAGUUGGAACCUUUUGCAAAAAAACUAGGCUUGCGCAUUAUCUCCAAUGAAGACAUUGCAAGAUUGAAGGCACGUAACAUUACAACCCGUGAAUUGGCUUCCAAGGCUGAAGAGCUCAAUUUAGUUUUGUUAUCACAGGACGAAGUGAAUGAUCUCAAUACUCAUGAACCAAUAACCGAGAAAAACAUUGUUAAAAAAGGCAAAGAGCUCGGUUAUUUGUGUAUUCCUUCCUCUCAAUUUGUGGCCACAACAGUAUCAAGAACUGCGGACAUUCCUAACGUUACUGUUCUUCCUAACAGCUAUUACAAGAUAUUAACGAAGAGCCACGAAUGGUAUAAGAAAAAUAAGGACAAACUUGACCAAUCUCCAGCUAAACAACCGCAGACUAUUCCUGAAGAUGAUUCAUUUGACCUUCCUUCCAUUAUGCCGAAUGCAACUCCUUCUGGCCAUCAACUCCCAGUCUCUAAUAUUGAUACAGUAUCUUUACACACCGUUGAUACAGUGAUUUCUAACAAGAAGCUGAUCAUUGCAGCUGUAACCCAAACCAUCAUCGGUGAAUAUUUAUACAAAUACUAUAGAAAACUGGGCCCUUUCACCUCUGUUUCUGAUACCAGACACGAAAGAUUCUUUUGGGUUCAUCCUUACAGUAUGACAUUAUAUUGGUCCCCAGCCAAUCCUGUUGUUUCCGAUCCUGCAAGAAAUCAGAUCAAGGCAAUGUCAAUCCUUGAUGUCCAAUGUGUGAAUGAUAACAACCCAUUGCCACCAGGAAUUCACUAUAAAAGUAUUAUUAUCAAAUCGCACAAUAAGAGUAUCAAGAUUACUUGUCCGACAAGGCAAAUCCAUAAUAUUUGGUAUAACUCAUUGAAGUACCUGUUAGAAAGAAGUAUGGACAGUUGGGUAAAUGAUGACGAUCUUGAAGAUCAGUAUCAACAUGAUUUUACUUUAGACAGCAAAACAAAGCUAGAAAGAACUCAAUCACAGAAGUUCAGACGGAGUCACUUAUCCGCUAGCGAUAAUCGUCUCACUUCAAAAUCUACAUCUCUGAGAUCAAUGACUGGUAGUAGACGGUGA